AUGCUAGAGUGGCGGAUGGUGUUCCAGAGGAGGAGGGCAGAGGAGGAGGAAGGUACAGAGACUGUGUUGGCCAUCGGAGCAGGACCCAGCGACGUGAGUCUGAAGAAGGCGGACGAAGUCCUAGAGAUUCUCCAGGGAGCCGGCGACAUCAGAGACUGCGAGAACAAGCUUGUCCUCCUCCUCGGCUAUGACCAGUUUCAGUUCAUCAAGGCAGAGAGCGAUGCCGACAGGGAGAGGAUCGAGGAGGAGAUGAGUGCAGACCCCGAGAAAAAGGCCAUCCUCAAGGCCCUGUCAAUGGUGGAGUCAGAGGACAUUGUUCAGGAGGAGAGAGCCAGGAAAGCCGCUGUGCGAAAAUCUCGGAUGGAGUCAGACCUCGACGCCGAGAAUGCUGACCUCCAGGAGAAGAAAGGGGUGACUGGGGUCGAGGAGGUGUUGGACCUGGAGGACCUGGUGUUCACGGACGGGAGUCAUUUCAUGGCCAACAAGAGAUGCCAGCUCCCGGGAGGCUCCUUCAGACAGACCAAGAAGGGAUACGAGGAGGUCCACGUCCCCGCACUCAAACCUAAACCGUUUGACGUGAAAGAGUCACUGAAGGCGAUUGUGGAGCUGCCAAAGUGGGCGCAGGCAGCGUUCAGCAACUACCGCUCCCUCAACAGGAUACAGACCAGACUCCAAGAGACGGCCCUCCACUCGGACGAAAACAUCCUCCUCUGUGCCCCCACUGGUGCUGGAAAGACCAACGUAGCUCUCCUCUGCAUCCUGAGAGAGCUCCACAAACACAUGAACCCCGAUGACACUGUCAAUCUGGAGUCGUUCAAGGUCAUCUACAUCGCUCCCAUGAGGUCCCUCGUACAGGAGAUGGUCGCCAACUUCUCCAAGCGUCUGGUGCCGUACGGAGUGACAGUGAGCGAGUUGACGGGCGAUCACCAGCUGAACAAGGAGCAGAUUAUGGCCACGCAGGUCAUCGUCUGCACCCCCGAGAAGUGGGACAUCAUAACUCGCAAGAGCGGGGAGAGGACCUACACCCAGCUUGUCAGCCUCGUCAUCAUUGAUGAGAUCCACUUGCUGCACGACAGUCGAGGUCCUGUCCUGGAGGCUAUUGUGGCUCGGACCAUACGCCAGAUCGAGGCAACCCAGGAGCUCAUCAGACUAGUUGGCCUCUCUGCCACCCUUCCCAACUACGAGGAUGUGGCCACCUUCCUGCGAGUGGAUCCUGCCAAAGGUCUGUACUACUUCGACAACAGCUACCGUCCCGUUCCGCUGGAGCAGACGUACAUCGGAAUCACAGAGAAAAAGGCUCUCAAACGAUUCCAGGUGAUGAACGACAUUGUGUAUGAGAAGGUGAUGGAGAACGCGGGGAGGAACCAGGUCCUCAUCUUUGUCCACUCCCGUAAAGAGACGUCCAAGACGGCGCGGGCCAUCCGAGACAUGUGUCUGGAGAAGGACACGCUGGGACUGUUCCUGAAGGAGGACUCGGCCAGUACCGAGGUCCUGAGGACCGAGGCCGAGCAAACUAAGAACCCGGAGCUGAAGGACCUCCUGUCCUACGGGUUUGCCAUCCACCAUGCCGGCAUGAACCGAGUGGACAGGACACUGGUUGAGGAGCUGUUUGCCGAUAAACACAUCCAGGUCCUGGUGUCCACCGCGACGCUCGCCUGGGGGGUCAACCUCCCCGCACACACCGUCAUCAUCAAAGGAACACAGGUGUACAGUCCAGAGAAGGGGCGGUGGGUGGAACUGGGUAUGCUGGACGUGUUGCAGAUGCUGGGUCGAGCCGGACGGCCGCAGUACGACAAGAAGGGGGAGGGUGUCCUGCUCACCAGUCACUCUGAGCUCCAGUACUACCUCUCCCUCAUGAACCAACAGCUGCCGAUUGAGAGCCAGUUCAUCAGUCGACUAGCCGACAACCUAAAUGCAGAGAUUGUGCUGGGCACAGUCCAGAACGCCAAAGACGCCGUCAACUGGCUAGGUUACACAUACCUCUACAUCAGGAUGCUGCGGGCCCCGCAGCUGUAUGGAGUGGACCCAGAUGACCUGGAGAGCGACCGACUGUUGGACCAGCGACGAGCUGACCUCAUCCACACCGCAGCCUCUCAGCUCAGCAAGUGCAACCUCAUCAAGUAUGACAAGAAGAGCGGAGCCUUUCAGGGAUAUUCCGUGUUCACCACUCUUCUCCUCUCACUCUCGAUCUGUGCAUAUUCACAGGAGGAGAAGAUGGAGCUGGCAAAGCUGCUAGACAGAGUCCCCAUCCCGGUCAAGGAGAGCAUGGAGGAGCCAAGUGCCAAGAUCAACGUUCUCCUCCAGGCCUACAUCUCCCAGCUGAAGCUGGAGGGGUUCGCCCUCAUGUCAGACAUGGUCUACGUCACCCAGUCUGCCGGGAGGCUCAUCCGCGCCAUUUACGAGAUCUGCCUCCAUCGAGGCUGGGCCCAGCUCACCUCCCGUGCCCACUCUCUCUCCAAGAUGAUCGACAAGAGAAUGUGGCAGUCGAUGACUCCACUGCGACAGUUCAAGAAGCUGCCGGAGGACGUCAUCCGCAGGAUCGAGAAGAAGGACUUCCCCUGGGAGAGGUUCUACGACCUCGGCCACAGCGAGAUCGGCGAGCUGGUCCGCAUGCCCAAGAUGGGCAAGACCAUCCACAAGUAUGUCCACCAACUGCCCAAGUUGGAGCUGGCCGUGCACAUCCAACCAGUCACCAGGUCCACGCUGCAAGUGGAGCUGACCAUCACUCCCGACUUCCAGUGGGACGAAAAGAUCCACGGAGUGUCUGAGGCGUUCUGGAUCAUGGUGGAAGACGUGGACUCUGAACUCAUCCUCCAUCACGAGUACUUCCUCCUCAAGUCCAAAUACUCUCGUGACGAGCACGCCGUCAGUUUCUUUGUCCCCGUCUUCGAGCCACUCCCUCCGCAGUACUUCAUCCGCGUCGUGUCGGACAAGUGGCUGUCCUCGGAGACCCAGCUGCCCGUCUCCUUCCGCCACCUCAUCCUCCCGGAGAAGUUCCCGCCUCCCACGGAGCUGCUCGACCUCCAGCCACUCCCUGUCACCGCCCUCCGUAACCCCCACUACGAACAGCUGUACUCUGACCUCUUCACCUUCUUUAACCCCAUCCAGACCCAGGUGUUCAAUGCUCUCUAUAACACUGAUGACGAUGUGUUUGUGGGAGCUCCGACCGGCAGCGGGAAGACCAUUUGUGCCGAGUUUGCCAUCCUCAGGAUGUUCUCUGCCUCUCCCAACUCUCGCUGCGUCUUCAUCACUCCCAAACAGCCCCUCGCCGAACAGCGCUAUGCCGAGUGGCAGCAGAAGUUUGGACAGCACAUGAGCAAGAGGGUCUCUCUGCUGACAGGGGAAACCAGUGCGGACCUCCGUCUACUGAGAGACAGCAACAUUGUCAUUAGCACGCCAGAGCACUGGGAUGUCCUCUCCCGGAGAUGGAAGCAGAGGAAGAACGUACAGAACGUCGAUCUCUUUGUGGUGGACGAACUGCACCUGAUAGGCGGGGAGAGCGGGCCCGUCCUGGAGGUCAUCUGCUCCCGCAUGCGCUACAUGUCCUCGCAGAUCGAGCGGAAGGUGAGGAUCGUGGCUCUAAGCUCGUCCGUGGCCAACGCCAAGGACCUGGGCCAGUGGCUGGGAGCCACAACUCACGGUCUCUUCAACUUCCACCCCAACGUCAGACCUGUCCCACUGGAGCUCCACAUACAGGGUUUCAACAUCACCCAUACUCCGUCGCGACUCAUAGCUAUGAUGAAACCUGUCUACCAGGCCAUCUGCAAGUACUCACCAAAGACACCCGUCAUCGUCUUUGUCCCCUCUCGCAAGCAGACCAGAUUCACCGCCGUCGACCUCCUGACCUUUUGCGCCGCCGAUCUCCAGCCGCAGCGGUUCCUCCACUGUGCCGAGGAGGACCUGAAGACACAUCUCAAGCACAUCCGAGACAAGACCCUGGUGGAGACACUGAGCAAUGGAGUUGCCUACCUCCACGAGGGACUCAGCGACAUAGAGAGGAAGGCAGUGGAGCAGGUCUACUCCUCUGGAGCUGUCCAGGUGAUCGUGGUGUCCCGCAACCUCUGCUGGGGAAUGAGCAUCAACUCACAUCUCACUGUCAUCAUGGACACACAGUACUACGAUGGCAGAGGGCACAGGUAUGUUGACUACCCGGUGCCUGACCUCCUGGAGAUGAUAGGCAGAGCCAACAGACCGCUGGUGGACGAGAGCGGGGUGGCCAUCUUGCUCUGCCAGAACUCCAAGAAAGAGUUCUACAAGAAGUUCCUCUACGAGCCUCUGCCUGUGGAGGUGAGGAGGGGUGAUCAACAUCGGUGGCUUGUGGCAAAUUGGCACAUUCCACCUGUGGUGUGGUGCCACUGUACUAUACUGGAGCAAACAUGCCUAUCUAACUGUAUAACUGGCUCUUGUUCUCUCUGUUUGCAGUCUUAUCUGGACCACUUCAUGCACGACCAUUUCAACGCGGAGGUGGUGACCAAGACGGUGGAAAACAAGCAGGACGCAGUGGACUACCUCACCUGGUCCUUCCUCUACCGCAGAAUGACCCAGAACCCCAACUUCUACAACCUCCAAGGUGUGACUCAUCGUCAUCUCUCCGACCAUCUCUCUGAAGUAGUGGAGAACACUCUCAGUGACCUUGAGCAGUCCAAGUGUAUAGCCAUAGAGGAUGAGAUGGACCUGUCGCCACUCAACCUGGGCAUGAUCGCUGCCUACUACUACAUCAACUACACCACCAUUGGCAAGUCUUACUUUUUCCUCCAGCUCUUCAGCAUGUCUCUCAAUAACAAGACCAAAUUGCGGGGGCUGAUAGAAAUCCUGGCCUCGGCAGCCGAGUACGAGAACCUCCCGAUCCGCCACAAGGAGGACUCCCUCUUGAGGCAGCUGUCGUCCAGGGUCCCCCUCAAACUGGUGGGAUCGAAGUUCAACGACCCCCACACCAAGACGAACCGCUCAUCCAGGCCCACCUCUCCCGGCUCCAGCUCCCAGCAGAGCUCCAGAGUGACACCGAGGAUAUCCUCAAGAAGUUUUGUAGCAUCUUCAGGUAGCAGCUAUUGUAUGUACAACCUAUGUACAUUCUUGAACCCAUUGCAGGCCAUUCGGCUGAUCCAGGCGUGUGUGGAUGUUCUGAGCAGCAGCGGGUGGCUGUCCCCGGCGCUGAGUGCCAUGGAGCUGGCCCAGAUGAUGACUCAGGCCAUGUGGAGCAAGGACUCCUUCCUCAAACAGCUGCCCCACUUCACCUCUGACAUCAUCAAGAGAUGCUCUGACAAGGGAGUUGAGUCUGUGUUUGACAUUAUGGACAUGGAAGAUGAUGCUAGGAACAGUCUCCUGCAGUUCUCUGAUGGACAGAUGCAGGACGUGGCUCGGUUCUGCAACCGCUACCCCAACAUUGACCUCACGUACGAAGUCCAGGACAAGGACAACAUCGUUUCAGGUGAGCAGGUGGUUGUGGUAGUAAAGUUGGAGAGAGAGGACGAGGAGGAGACUUUGCCUCAAGUCAUUGCCCCCUUCUUCCCUCAGAAACGAGAGGAGGGAUGGUGGGUGGUUAUUGGUGACCCGAAAACUAACAGCGAGGGUGCUCGAGUCAUAGCCACAGACAUGAAUGGAGAGAAACUGGCGGAGCUGAAGCGUGAGCAGCCAGCCAUCGUGACCGACACUCUGGAUGUUACUCGUCGGGAGGACGUGGAGCGUCUCUUGCGGGAGAAAUACAGCGACACUAAUGUCCUCUUCAACUGUGCAGGGUGGUAUGUGUUUCAUGGACCUCUGCUGGACACGGAGGAGAAGGACUGGGACCGCUCCUUUGAUAUCAACGUGAAGAGCAUGUUCUACACGUCUAAAACCUGUAUUUCAAUGUGGAAGGAGAAGGGUUGUGGAGGGAACAUCGUCAACAUGGCGUCAGUGGUGUCAAGCAUAAAGGGGGCGGAGUGCCGCAGUGUCUACGGUGCCUCCAAGGCUGCCGUGAUCGGACUGACUAAGAGCAUUGCGGCUGACUACGUCCAGGAUGGGAUCAGAUGCAAUGCCAUCUGUCCAGGUACUGUGGACACACCGUCACUCAAUGACAGGAUAAGAGCCAUGGGAGACUAUGAAACUGCAAGUCUCAACCGUGCCAAAUUUGUUGCCCGACAGAAGAUGGGUCGACUGGGGACUGCAGAAGAGAUAGCUUGUCUCUUGGUCUACCUAGCCAGUGACGAGUCGGCAUUUGUGACUGGUCAAACGAUGGUGAUUGAUGGAGGCUGGAGUGUUUGAUGGACCAAUAUAAUAGUUAUGAGGGAUAUAUUUGUUAUCACCAAUAUGAAUGCAGUCCUGUUUGUUAACAAUUCAAUUUUUUGCUGAAAGCCGUCCAGAGUUGUAUUAAAUUGGAUAGCUACAGGUGGUUUCAGUAUUAUCUGAGCAUUUUGUCAUUCUGCAAAUCAUACUAAUGACACUACUUUUUCUCUACGAUGGUUGUGCUCUUAUCACAAAGGACUGCAGUCCAAUUCCACAUACAACUACGAUGUGUCCUCCCUCCCUCCAUUGAUAGAGGGUGAGAGAAGAAGUAUCAGCAAUGUCAUGAGUUUGGCUGUGAACCAGUGACAAUGUGGCACUCUGCAGAUUAUGACUGUCACACUCCUUCCCUCUGACGACCUGACGGCUUAAAAUCUCCUUCUCUGUGAAGCCAGCUGAGCUGGAC